CCGACGCCUUUCUGGAUAUGUACCGAUAAAUAUUGACCACUACAUUAUGUAAUUUUGAAAGCGAUCCACGUUCUCUUGAUACUAAUACCACCUUCUUAUUAAAUCUAACUUCUAACACUGUUUUGUAAUCGGUGUUUCGUAAUUACGGAAAAAGAACUGACAAAAUAGAUUGAUCAAAUAUUUUGUCUGCCAUUUGAAAAAUUGUAGAGAAUAUUCUUAUUGAUUUGUCAUUAAGUUAUCCAUCUAUGAUAAUCUAAUAAAACUGUAACCAUAAAGUGUCAUUUAUUUCGAGUGACGUCAAAUGGUCGACGAAUAAAUCGUUGUUUGUUCUCGAUAAGUGACAAAUGAGUAUUUCAAAACAUGUAACGAACAGGUUUCAUUAGAGAUUCAUGACACCACGAUUAAGGAAUCACGGUGAUAAAUUAUGCUAAUAGCAAAGCAGAAAAGUGGACUGUAGAUAGGAAAAAAAAAAAGAGCGACAAUCUGAAAAUAGAUGUCAAGGAUUUCUUCUCUAACUAACAACAAGGUGACAAUACCUCGAUUCACAUAAAUUGUACGAAUCGAUUUUGUCGGUAUUAAAAUUCUGUUUUACGUAAGAAAAAAGAUGCCUGAUUUAGAGAAAACAACGAAUUUGGGCAUUCGAGUGGAAAAGUUUAAAAAGAAUUUUUUUAAGUAUUACCUGCAACAGUGUCCAAGCUUGUUUCAUAUUUGCUACGACCCCAUAGGCACUCAUAAGAAGUCACGUGCUUUUAUUGGAUUUUUUCUUGGAUUUUUUAUGAGUGUACUUUUAUACGAAGGCAUCAUCGUUGAUUUGAAUUUUGAUCGAUAUACUAGCUUGAGCCUUGCUGGCAUUAUCGUAUCGAUGAUGUCAAUUGGAUGUGCCUCUUCGAUUCAGGUGAGGUGCGUUUGUAUUUUAACAAUCCCAGCAUUUUUUGGUCGUUCGGGUCGUAGCAUGUUGAGAGCGUUAGUUCUCGGAUACGUAAUAGCUGGACCAUUAUUUAAUUUAGUGUAUAAUACAAAAGAAGUAAUGAGAACUUUUGCUUGUACCUCACAAUUAACGUAUAAUCUCACCAAGACAAGGUUUGAUCUGAUGUUCAAGCCUUUUCAACAGGCCAUUCUUGCUAUGAAAGCGGAUGCUAAUGAAAUAAAAGAUACUCUAUCGUCUGUGAGGGAUUUAAUGAGUCCAAUCGUGGAAGAAAUAGAGGGAGAAGAGGAAAUGCGGCGAUUGAAGGAGGAAAACGAUUAUUUAGAUGAAUUACAAGGUGAUACGAAGAGAAGCAAGGAAAUCGAGGAUAAACAUGAGAAACAGAUCGAGAAUGCUAAAUCGGAUGCUGACGUGUUCGAAGCUAAAUACAAGAAGAAGAUCGAAGCCAGAUGCGAGGAACAACUUAGUCGGGGUUCAGCUAGGUGUAGGGAUAUGUUCAGCGACGCUUACAACAAAUGUUACGAAAAAGUGACCAUUUUCGUUGCCUGGCUGUUGUGCUGGCCCAUGAAACUUACUUUCGUUUGUAAUCUGGUUCAAGCACUUGGAGGUUCUAGUAUCUGUGAUCCUGAGGGAAAAAUAGAUAGUGGUAUUGGUGAAGGAUAUGCUGCUUUGAAAAGUACUCGAGAUGAGCUCAGCAGGAGUCUGAAAGACGCGAAACUUCAGUACAAAAUCAAAAAACCCGCGGUAAUUUUGGAUCUUCAGGAUUCAGCGUACGCUGCGAAAGCCGUGAUGCACGAAUUUGCUGUACGAAGAAGACUUUUCGAAUCUGUAAUGACCAUCAUAAAGAGAUGUUUAUCCUUCGUGUUCCUAAAGAUCAUUUUGAGUGCUCAAAAAUACCACGACAAGUAUCUGACGGAAAUUGAACACGAUAAUAUCUAUGUGACGCCUUACUUCCGGAGGAUUGAUGCCAGAAGAAAAGUACGCGGUAGUAUGACCUUACUGCCAUUGAAGAAAAUUGAAAGAAAGAAAUUCGUUGAUCCUUAUAGUUGGAAGCCAAGUUCGACUGAAGGAUUUCAUUUAGCUGGACAAAUGGUGAAGCUACUUCUUGAAUUAAUUGCAGCGAGUGUUUUUGUUAUUUUGGAUUGGUUAUUCUUUGAAGCGUUGGAUUUAAUUAGAAGACAUGCUUACAUAGAGUACACUCAAGCGGGUCACCAUGAUUUGUUAUUAGAAAUCCGUGGCACAGGAGUGAUAGCCUCUCUGAUCAGAAGUGCCAUUCGCGGCUUCAAUGUAAAGAAACACAUUAAAACCGUGGUUACAAACGAAGCUUGCCUUCCAAGGCCUAUGAAACUUCCCACCUACGUAAUCCUCAAGAUCUACGGCACAUUUUUCGGUACUUUCCUUCUGAUCUUUGCGACCGUCUACACUGAGAGAAUGCGUCGAGGGAUCUGUUCAUUUUUCUAUCGAAAAAGGGAGAAGAGACGAGUGUUGUAUCUCUAUAACGAGACACUAAGACGUAGAAUCACUUAUGCGAAAUUCAUGAAGGCUAAAGUGAGAACUAUGGUUAGAACACGCCGUUUGGAAUACGAUAUGGACUUUUGGAUGGCUCUGAGAUUGAAAUGGCCAGAUCGUUUUGGAUGGCUGCAAUUUUUCGCUUGUGCCAGAGAUAGAUGUUUAAUCUGUGAAGAAGUGGAGCCUAGAAAAGGACCAAAGCAUCGACAAUGUACGACACCUGGUUGUCCUUUUGUCCAUUGUUCUGAAUGCUGGAGAGAUGUAGGGAAAAUAUGUUAUGCUUGUGCCGAGAUCUCGGAUACUGAUUCAGAAGAAUACGAUACUCAACGCAGUGAUUUUUGAUCUUAAUUCAUAUUUGGAUAGAUGGCACUCGGUAACUGCUACAUGUAAAUAAGUCGCUUUAACGUUUAUAAACUUGACCAGGUAUUAGAGUAAUAGAGCACAGUAGCAAUAAUCUCUUUAGUUACAAAUUGAAUUACACUUUGUCUUUGAUUUACAUAUAAAUCUCACGUAGUAAAGUCGACAGGAAGUAUUUAAUAAAAAGUUUACUAUGUUGAAUUUACGAAGCUGGAAGCGUCUGAACAGAAUACAAAAUGGUGUGUAGGAAGAAUCAUUUCUAGUAUUACAAUGUCUUAUCGAUUCCGAGAUUCUACGUUCCUAUCAAGUACCACACGAUUGUUCCUAGCCAAUGUCGCUUCAAGGAGAUGCUUAGUAGACUAUAAUGAAUUCCAGGGACAGAAUUAUUUAUGCUUAUUUGAAGUAAUUCAAGGAAAAGCUGUGAUUGUACGAUGAAUCGAUUAGAAUGGAAUCAUGCAAUUUCACAGUUAAACGAAUUCUGCUCGCGUAAAUAAGACAAGAAUGCAUUCAACAAACAGAUUUUUCUUGUAUUUAAUUUUUAACUACAAGAAAUAUAGAAAUAAAUUUGAAUAAAUUUGUAUAUUUAAUUUAAAGUAUACAUAUAUACAUAUGCUGUUGCAUUCUGUAAUCUACACUUACAAACAAUUAAUAAAAUUCUCGAAUCAAACUUUGAAGAGCAUAUGUAUACAUAUACACCUAGUUACAGAUAUUUGCUCAUUCAUGUUACAACAUCUAACAAAGGAAAAUUGCUCGCGUGCUUAUUUUGCCCAACGAAUUACAAUUACCCUGAAGUAAGAUAUAUAACGUCCACCGUAAUAAGCUCAACGUUCAGUGAUCAAACGAGCAAGCUUCGAAUCUCUUCGAGUAAUCAAAAU